AUUUUCCAGUACUGGAUAAUUAAAUCUACACAUUAGCGAAUCAUAUUUAGGAUUUUCUAAACGUCAUCGGCUUCCCCAGUUUCCAUCCAUUUCCGACCGUGUAAAGAGUAAAGAAGGAAAGAUGGGAUUGUUAACUGAUCCCAAACAACGACAGAAAAUCAUCCAUGCCAUAACUAAGUAUAACCAGUUGCUCUGUGUGUUAUGCUAUGUCGGAGGUUUCCUUUGGUUUUUGGCACUGGCCUAUCAACCUUUAAAUGCAUCAACCUAUUUUUCAGAAAAUGCCUUGUUACCAGGAUUAGUAGAUUAUCAGUUCUAUGCAGAUUCAGAUGUGAUUUCUUACAAUGAUCAACUGACGGCAGAAAUGAAGAAAUCUGACAAAAAAGUUCCCAAAGACUGGAUAUUCAGAAAAUUUCAAGAUCUUGGAUUAGAUACAUAUUACCAUAAUUUUAGUCUAAAUUAUCCAUUUGGAAUGCCAAAAGACAAGUCUAUACCUGGUCAGAAUAUUUAUGCUAUACUUAGAGCUAAACGAGCAGCUAGCACAGAAGCAGUAGUAAUGUCUGUCCCCCUGCGUUUGCCUAGUGUUAUGGCUGAUGAACAGACCUCUGGAGGAAUAGCCGUCAUGUUAGCUUUAGCUAAACAUUUUAGAAAACAAACAUAUUGGGCAAAAGAUAUUUUAUUUGUGUUGACAGAAUAUGAUGAAAUUGGAAUGCAGGCUUGGUUAGAUGGUUACCACCAAACCCAAUCAGAAUAUAUUCAUUCAGAGAAUCUGCCAGCUACAAGUGGUUCUAUUCAGGCAGCUAUAAAUCUAGAAAUACCUAGUGAUAAAUUUCAUUCCUAUAAUUUAAAACUAGAAGGGUUAAAUGGUCAACUUCCUAAUCUAGAUUUAUCUAAUCUUCUAGUUCGAAUAUGUGGCAAAGAACAAGCAAAAGUCACAUUAAAUAAAAGAUCUGAUGCUCCAAAUCCUGAUGAAUUUGAAGGUUUUCAACAUUCUCUCAUCACUAUGUUACAUAUGAUGUGGAAUCAGGCAUCUGGUACACCCACAGGAAACCAUGGUCUGUUUCACAGAUAUCAUAUAGAGGCUCUUACAUUACAAGGUGUGAAGGAAACUCGAACAAGGCGUUCUUUUGGAGUUGAAAAUACAGCAAGACUAGUUGAAGGAGUUUUUAGAAGUCUGAAUAAUUUAUUAGAAAGAUUUCAUCAAUCGUUUUUCUUCUACAUCCUGCCAUCAACUCGUCGAUAUGUGUCUAUUGGUUUAUAUAUGCCACCAUUUGGAGUAAUGAUUGCUGCAAGUCUUAUCAAAGCUAUUGCUUUAUGGAUUGGAGCUGUAAAAAAUGAUGAUGAGACAUUGGAUAAAUCAACAACAAAAAAGAAAACCAGUAAAGAGAGUGAAAAAGAGACAAAAGAAAAAGAUGAAGGGGAUAUACAAUCAGAGGAUGAUGGAGAUGGUGAAGAUGACGAGGAUAAACCAAUUACUGGUAUAGUAUCUGUAGUACCAGUAAUAUUUAUCGGUAUGUUAAUGGCAUUAUUAGCAUAUAAUGGUCCUGGUUUAUUAACUAGAGUAUCACACCCAUUCAGACUUCGUCCUGAAGAUUCCUUGAUGUUUGGUCUGUUGGCUUUGUUUACUGCUUCUCUAGCCUUUCCUAAAAUGUUUAAUAAAAAAAGUCCUGAUCAGGUAUCACUAGAGUUAGACUGGCAGCUACUCAAGUGCAUAGCUUUAAUAUUCCAGUCAUUAGCUUUGUUUGCUAUAGCCUUGAUGAACAUAUCACUGGCAUUUUUUAUCGGUGCAGCUAUGGUACCUGUUACAACAUUUGUUGUACCAACUAAAUCAAAAUUAUUACGUGUACUACAAUUAAUAUUAUUAUUAUUGGUGUCACCAGCUUCAUUAGUAUUUAUAUCAUCAUUAAUAUCAGCACAAGCAGAAAAUUACACAGAAUAUACAGAACUUCUGUUUAUAACAUGGGCAAAUAUGAAACAGUGUAUAUUUAUGAAAUUGUUAGAUUUAUAUUUAUUUGGUAAUUGGACAUAUACAGUUGUCAGUUUUGUUAUUUUCCCAUGUUGGUUAUUGUUUUGGGCUAUACCUAAUUGUUCAACUAAUAUAAGUAACUGAUGUAAAUCAUGAUCAAAUUUUUGUACUUUAAUAAUAUGCAAUAGUCUGACCUUUUUUUUAUUUUAAAAAGUGGACAAUUGAGAAUGGUUUGAUCACCUAACUGUGAAUGCAUUCCUUACUGGAGUAGCGAUACACCUAUUGUCCAGAUUUAUUCAUAUGUUGUUAUACAUGUAUUUUUUAUCACUUUUAGAGACUAUUUUUCUGCUUAUUUUUGGAGCUUUCUUUGUCAUUAAAUUAAGACAUCUUCAUUUAUUUUAUAAAGGAAAGUUAAUAACCUAAAAAGUGCAAAUAUAGGCCUUACAUAAAAUAAAAUCUGUGGUUCUUAAGACGAUCCUUCCAAAAUAUCUGAUGCAGGAGGGAUGUUUUAAUUUUGUCAAAGGAUCACAUUUCAUGGCACCACAAUUUGCUCAUCAUACUGUUUAUAGGAAUUUAUGAUCAUCCAGUUUCAUUUAUGAUUGCCUGUAACAUUUAUCAGGGUUGCAUACUUGAUAACUGAGACUAUGGUACACAUCCAAAUUUCAUUAAAACUUUUUUUUAUAGAGUUGCUUCCUGUAAGUGUAACCAGGGAAAUAUAUUUACACAGAUAUCACAUGCAGUGACAUGCACCUCUUUUUAAGUGACACACUAAUAUCUGAGAACCAGAAUAUUUCUGUAUGGCUUUGGCUCGAUUACAGUCCAUUAAAGAUCAGCAUAGAAAGUAAUCUCUAGAAUUUGUACAUUUAAUUUGAAUUCUACUAUUCAUUCACAUUUACAUUUUGUCUCAUUCACAUAAUGUUAUUAUAUUUUAAAAUAUCAUUUGCAGUAUUUAGAUUAUCCAUUUAUAUAAUACAUGUCACAAUAAGGUGUAGGCCUAGAACUAACCUAAGUUUUUUGGUAAAUUGAUUUUUUUCGAAACUGGGACAAAUCCACUGUAAUUCUUGAUAUGGUUAUACACAAAAAAUAAUAAAGAGACAACAAACAAUUUCAUGAUCAAAAUAGUGGUGUUGAGUAUUUU